AUGGCGCUACUCUACAAGCUCUGGGAUGUAUCUGCCGCACGAUCAUCGCUCUUGGCCAGGAAAGUUGCUGUGAAUUGCGCGAGCGCUAUUCCCUGGAUGGGAAUCAGUGCUCCAAAAAGUCAUCUAUUCACUCCAUUCGCAGUUCACUGGAUUCCUACAUUAGUAACGACUCCGUCACUAAGGACCGGGCGGCUCAGAAGCGUCUUCGCCUGCGAAGGGACGCUGUUAAAAGCGCCAGGUCUAUCAAGAAGCCGUCCGCGGAUUCUCAUGUUGUCUCUUCUUGUUCGAAGGACAAGCCCAUUAAAGAGCCGCCCUUCAAAAGUAAGUGCUCGAAGCUGUGCUGUUCUGGAGGCAAACUUGACAAGGAACCUCGGCCGAAGAUGCUCCUCUUCUUACCGCUCUGAAGACCCGCCCGCUACAUCUCCAUCCGACGAGGACAACUUUGCCAAAUGUUGCUACUCCGGAAAGUCCGAGAAGCAGCCUGAUGCCCAGACUGGGAGCCUUGAUUCUCGCUGCUCGGAGACUUCCCAUGUCAGAGAAUCGCCUUACAAGGAAGGCUGUCUCGGAUCUUGUUGCCCCAGAGAACAGAGUGUCAAAGACGCCAAGAGCACUUAUGGGGAUUCGUGCUGUUCAAAGGUCAACCCCGUUGUUGAGCCCCCUACUGGUGGGUCUGCUGGAUCUUGUUGCAGAGCAGCUAAGAAUCCGAUCAUCCAAAAGCCGCCCAAAGGUGCCUUCUCUGGCUCUUGCUGCAAUUCACCGACGCAUGGUAUCGUGAAGACUCCAAAGAUCAACUCCGCGGACUCUUGCUGUGCGGAAGGACAGCCGGUCAGCCCUCAAGACUAUUGCACCGAUGCUUGCUGCUUCUCUGCUGCCCCCAGCCCUAGUUUAGAGAUUAAGGAAACUCCGAUUCAGGCUAUCACCGACUUAGAGAAUCAAGGUACCGGCAAGGAACAUGUUGUUCUCAGUAUUUCUGGUAUGACCUGUACUGGUUGCGAGACAAAACUCAACCGAACCCUCGCUACUGUUCCCGCAGUCAAAGACCUGAAAACCAGUCUGGUUCUUUCAAGAGCCGAGUUUAACGUCGAUCUUUGCCUUGGCUCAGUAGAGGAAGUCAUGAAACAUCUGGAACGAACGACUGAAUUUAAGUGCGAAAGAGUCCAGAACCAUGGAUCUAGCCUAGACCUUAUCGUCCCUGAUGGGCCCUCGAAAUUAAUUAGUCAGACAUGGCAUGACGGAGUUAUUGACAUAACGCCAGUGGACAAACAGAUCGUGCGAGUAGCGUUUGACCCGAAGAUCGUGGGCGCUCGAGACCUUACCGAGAAGAUUUGGGGCCCGCAAAUUGAACUUGCUCCUCCGCGCGGUGACCCUUCGCUAGAAGUUGGCAGCAAGCAUGUUCGACAUGUUGGUUACAUGACACUUCUCUCCGUUGUCUUGAAGAUCCCGGUCCUGGUAAUGGCAUGGGCUCCGCUUCCUGAGAGGGAGGUGGCAUAUUCCUCGGCUUCGCUCACCCUGGCCACUGUUGUUCAAGUUGUCAUAGCAGGACCUUUCUAUCCCAAGGCCCUGAAGGCUCUCGUUUUCUCGAGGGUAAUCGAGAUGGACCUCUUGAUCGUCUUGAGCACUAGUGCUGCCUACAUCUUCUCGGUGGUCUCCUUUGGGUACCUCAUUGCAAAGAAACCCCUUUCGACUGGUCAAUUCUUCGAAACCAGCACUCUCUUGGUUACCUUGAUUAUGGUUGGUCGAUGGGUGGCCGCUCUUGCUCGUCAGAGAGCUGUUGAAUCCAUUUCUAUCCGGUCACUCCAGGCAUCGACAGCUAUCCUUGUCGACAAAGAGAGCGGAGCAGAACGGGAGAUUGACGCCCGACUUCUUCAAUACGGUGACACCUUCAAAGUUCUCCCUGACAUCAGAAUCCCGACAGACGGCAUUGUCAUCAAUGGGUCGUCUGAGGUUGACGAAUCAAUGCUUACAGGUGAAUCUAGACCAGUGGAGAAAUACCCAAAGUCUGUGGUGAUUGCUGGGUCAAUCAAUGGUUCUGGAGUAAUGACUGUUCAACUGAACCGUUUGCCUAGCGAUAAUACUAUUAAUGCUAUCGCUGCGAUGGUUGAUGAGGCUAAACUGUCUAAACCCAAGCUGCAGGAUCUCGCAGACCGGGUAGCAUACUACUUCGUCCCGGUUGUGGUGGCAUUGACGACCAUCACGUUCGUCAUCUGGAUUGCAGUGGGCGUGACUAUUCGUGGACAUAAUGGGUCCGAAGCUACAAUUCAGGCUAUCACCUACGCUAUUACUGUCCUCAUCGUCUCUUGUCCUUGCGCUAUUGGACUGGCCGUUCCUAUGGUAAUUGUGGUUGCUAGCGGAGUCGCAGCGGAAAGAGGUAUCAUCUUCAAGUCUGCAGAUGCUAUUGAAGUGGCUCAUAAGACGUCGCACGUCGUGUUUGAUAAGACUGGGACUUUGACUCGGGGAAAGCUAUCUGUCGUCGCGAAGGAUUGCGUCGACGAGGACAAGCUCCCGCUUCUUCUGGGCCUCAUUGAACAUAGUCGACACCCAGUCUCAGUUUCUGUGGCUGCUUACCUCAAGCAGACUGGAGUUAUGGCUUCAACUGUUCCUGAACCCAAGAGCCUUACUGGUAAAGGUGUCGAAACCAUCCUGGGCGGUCAGAGGCUUCGAGCAGGCAAUUCUCGCUGGUUGAACUUAUCAGAUCAUGAGCUUGUGCAACCAAUGCUCGCCAAGGAUACACUGUCUUCUGCUUUACUAUCGACAAUGCGUUACAUGCGGUGUAUGCUCUUGAAGAUGAGCUCCGACCUGACGCUGCGGUGA